GAUGCACAAUUAUGUUUAUAUUUUUAUCUUGUCAAAUAGUUCAGAUUAUCAUGAAAUUACUCACAGUUGAUGAUUUCAUAUACAUACAUAGAAUAAUAGUCAAAAAGUGGAGGGUAUUGAAGAAGCAAAAAAUGGAAAUAACAACUUCACAGAUAAUUGAGAAGUUUAACCUGAAGGCUAACCCAGAAGGUGGAUUUUACACAGAAACGUUCAGAGACAAAUCACUCAUACUUUCCACAUCUCAACUUCCAUCUCAAUACAAAGUUGAUCGGCCUAUCAGUACAAAUAUAUACUUUCUUGUACCAUCUGGGAGUGUGUCUCUCAUCCAUCGUAUUCCAUGUUCAGAAACCUGGAACUUCUACUUGGGAGAUCCUCUGACGGUAGUGGAGUUGAACGAGACAGAUGGCUGUGUGAAGUUAACUGACCUUGGAUCAAACAUAAUAGAAGAAGAUCAGCUACUGCAGUAUACUGUGCCACCAAAUGUGUGGUUUGGUGCAUUUCCAGCUAACGACUUCAAGAUUGUCACUAAUAAUGCCAUUGAGAAAAAUCCACCCAUGGACGCUGAGAAGCACUAUUCUCUUGUUGGAUGCACUUGUGCUCCAGCCUUUGAGUUUGCCGACUUCGAGCUGGCAAAACAUUCUGAUCUCGUUUCACGGUUCCCUGCUCACAAGUCCCUCAUUUCAUUACUAAGCCUCCCUGGCUAAUAUGAGAUUUUCCUAACGUUCUUCUGAAGUAGAAGAGUACUACAUAUUCUGAGGCUCCCCCAGUAUACCCAAUUCUGCUUUGGGGUCCUCUUACGCAAGAAAAGCUCUAUCUUGCUUGUAUCGUAAAUAAUGACAAGUUUGCAGUUUGUGCUGUGUUGUUUCUGAAUCCUGGUAUAGCACCAUGAUUUGGUGCUUCAGUACUGCAAAAUUUGAUAGUAAAAGUGAUAUCAAGGGAGGUAAAUCUGAUAGUACUGCAAAAUUUGAUAGUAACUUGUAGUCGAGUUUGAACAGAAUUGCGAGUUCAAUUUGUUAUAGAGUUGGAGUUCGUAUUCAAACUUGGCUCAAUUCUGAGUCCAAUUUGGCUUGAGUUACUUAUAAGAUCAAUUGUAAGUGUUUGUAAAUCUUCUACUAAGCUUGUCAAUUACCGUUGAUGGCCGUGAAAUCGAGCCUCUAGAAGAUGUCAAUUACCGUUGAUGGCCGUGAAAAUUACUUGAAUAGGUUCAAGUAAUUUGUCUGCAAAAAGUUUUGUUUAGCUA